CAUGCGAGCGCAUGUCAAUCACCGCAGCUCAUGUGAUAACUCCAGCGGAUGACGUGCCAGCCAUAUGGUCUGGCAUCAGAGUUGGUACCCCCUCUGCCUGCGCGAAGCGUGCCACUUCCCUCCUCCUUUUGGAUAAGACACUGAAGGAGACGGGGUGGACCUCAAGGAGUCUGUGCCUCUCUUUUUUUCCUCUCUCUCUCUCUCUCUCUCUCUCUCUCUCUCUCUCUCUUCUUCCUCCCCUCUAAUUUUCUCUCCCCCCCCCCUUACUCCCAAAAGAUGCGGGGUCCGAGGACUUGAAGAUUCCUCCGCUCAGCUUUGGAGCCACCAUGUUGACGCGACUCUUCAGCGAGCCCAGCCUGAUCCCAGAAGUUCAGAAAUUCUCCAGCUGGGCUGACGACUGCGACGACGACGACGACGACGACGACGAGGCCAGCGAUAAAGAUGAGCGGAAGGGCCCCCUCCAGGACGAGCAGACCGACGGGGAGGCCAAAGACGACCACGACUUAGGGGGCGAGGAGGAGGAGGAAGAGGAAGAAGAAGAAGGGGUCGAGGAGGCGGAAGGGGAUCGCCCCAAGAAACGGGGCCCCAAAAAGAGGAAGAUGACCAAGGCCCGGCUGGAGCGCUCCAAGUUGAGGCGCCAAAAGGCCAACGCCCGCGAGAGGAACCGCAUGCAUGACCUGAACGCCGCCUUGGACAACCUUCGCAAGGUGGUGCCUUGUUACUCCAAGACUCAGAAGCUGUCUAAGAUCGAGACGCUGAGGCUGGCCAAGAACUACAUCUGGGCCCUGUCGGAGAUCUUGCGCUCGGGCAAGAGGCCGGACUUGGUGUCCUACGUGCAGACUUUGUGCAAAGGCUUGUCGCAGCCCACCACCAACUUGGUGGCAGGCUGCCUGCAGCUCAACUCGAGGAAUUUCCUGACCGAGCAAGGCCAGGAGGCCGGCAGGUACCACGGGCCCAACUCCACCUUUGCCAUGCACCCUUACACGUACCAGUGCUCGCGGCUCUCCGGCGCGCAGUGCGCUUCCAGCACCAUGGCUAGCUCCCACGCCCUGCGGACGCACGCCUACUGCGCCACCUACGAGUCGCUCUAUGGGAACGCGUCGCCAGACUACAAUAGCUCGGAAUACGAUGGGCCCCUGAGCCCUCCUUUGUGCGUGAACGGGAAUUUCUCCCUCAAGCAAGACUCUUCCCCAGACCACGAGAAAAACUACCACUAUUCUAUGCACUACUCCGCCCUCCCGAGUUCUCGCCCGUCCGGCCACAAUUUGGUGUUCGGGUCUUCUGGGAUGCGCAGCAGCGUCCACUCGGAGAACGUUUUGCCUUAUGAGAUGCACCUCCACCACGACAGAGGUCCCAUGUACGAGGAGCUCAAUGCUUUUUUCCAUAAUUAACGACUCCUCCCGCCUUUGGGCUCCCCUUCUGGUUCCACGCCUAACCAGGGCCACCUGUAGAUCCCCAGUGGGUUGCAUUUGCGAAAGGGAUAGACGUGUGUGUGGUUCUGUGCGCGCGUGUGGGCGAUUUUAUUGGGGGGGGGGGGGCAACGGUCCUUGGCCUUCUCAAAACCCCUACUCGCCUCUUCCCGAGAGCUGCAACUUUUCAUUCAACUGUGAGCCACUUUUCCCCGCAG